AUGCAAUGCAUUUCUUCACCUCCUACUACUCUUAAUUAUUCUUUUAUUUACAAAUGGAAUGCACAAAAUUCUGCAGCUAUUCUUAUUCAAACACACUUUCGCAGGCAAAAGAGAUCAUUCUUUUGUUCAACUGAAGUUGCCAUUGCAGAACCUAUUAAAUUUGAAUACAUUCACUUACUAUCAGUAAGAUAUAAUGAUAUUUACCUUUGUUUACCAAAUAAACCAUUAUCUAGUGCUUCUGUGGAACACUAUUCAUUGACAACAUUCUUAUUUUCAAUUAUAUAUAGGACAGUUCGUUGUACAGAUAUUAGCUUUGGAAAAUUUUGGUUUGAGCUUACAAAGGUGGGUAAGGAUUGCUGUGUCGGUAAGGUGAAGUUAUAUAUCCGUGGGCAAUAUGAAAUACUAAUGUCAACAUCUGAAGCAAGUCUUAUCAUUAACUUACAGAAGGGCCGCAGGGCUAUGGACAUAAGCAGGACACCAAAACUAAAUGAACAAAUGCAUAAUGAUUUUCUGCUCGGUAAAUCCUUCAAAUAUGAACAUGCAGGGAUAAAAUUAUUUUGUGGAAUAUUUUCAUAUUUAUUCACAAUAUUCACAAAAAUGCCAUUAUUUGAACUGGAGAAAAUAUACAAAACGGCUUCCUUUGGCAAGCAAACAAAUCGCUUUCCAUGUAAACGUAAUGAUAAACCACAAGUUUUUGAAAUAAAUAAGAGUUUGGAUUUCAGUCAUUCUUUGUGCAUACUUGUUUGUGUAAUGUACAAGUUGAUUUCAUUUAGGCUGACAGCAGUAUCUUAUUGUGAAGAUCUCUAA